GUAGAUUGGAAUGAAAUUUGCUACUUAUCUUACAUUUUAUUACUAAUAUGAUAAAAUUGUAACUACCAUUGUAUUGUCCAUGGUACUACUCAUUUUUAUAGGCAGUUAUCAUUUUCCAUCAGGUGGGCAAUCAGCUUGUUUGCCAUUCUAAGUUGCAUAAACAAAAUCUAGACGAUAUCUAUGCAUGGGAGAUAUUUGACAAAAAUUGAUAAGUGAAGAUGAAGCAGGUCAGUUAGCCCAUCGUGAUAAGGUCACCAUCACUGGUGACUUUAUCACGAUGGAUUUUGAUCAAUCAAUGGUUUCCAGGAGUAAUCACGACGAGGUCGACCUGAGAGGGUAUAUUGCUAGUGAUAGGAUUGCUACUCAUCAUUACUAACAAUCUCUUCCCCCUCCCCCCAUUUAGUAACAGUUGAAUAAGCAAGCGUGAGAUUCCUGCGGUUAACUUCACUAUCCACUCAGUGCACUGCGCGCGAAACCUCCGCGUGUGCCCGGUGUGCAAGGAGCCUGUGCCCCACCAGGAGCUGCAGGAACACCAUGACAGAUACCAUAAGCUGUUGCCUUGCAAACAGUGUGGGGAAAGUGUCUGCGGGACAGAUCUCGAGGAUCACAUCAGGGACUCCUGUGGACACACCAUUAAGUCAUGCAGGUUCUGCGAACUGGAGUUGCCACGCCACGAGCUGCCUGCUCAUGAGAACUACUGCGGCGUCCGCACAGAGCAGUGUCCAGACUGCAAGGAAUGGGUGAUGAUCAAGUACAGACAGCUCCACCUGGACUCCAACCAUGGGUUCUUACGGCUUGAUGAUGAUCCUGUCGUGCAGCCCAAGAAAGAAUCACCAAAGCCUACAAAUGUACCAACACCAUCCCGCCAGUCGUUACCACGUAAGAGCAACGUCACAAAAGACAAUAGCUCCAAGAAUAAACCGAAGAUCACAUAUCCAAAUAGACCGAGAACCGAAAUAAGGUGUCUAAACGACGCGAGUCCACUCGAAGCUCCAGGUAGUUCAAGAGAUGGCGCUGUAGCUGGCGCGUCUGGUGCUCGUGAAGUGCAGAAGGCGCCGCCGAAGAGAACCAACGACCAGCCACAAAUCAACACUACUGUGGCCAACCUGGAUAAAGUUCAUAAGGAUUUGCCGAUGUCUCGCGGCGCGAUCAAGAAGCGUAUGGCGCCGAUGCCACCCCCACCGGUUCCUGUGCGCCACCUGGUGUGCUGCAGCCCGCUGCAGCGGCACCAGCUCGAGCAGCACCAGCGGAUGUUACAGUCUGCACACUACGCCGCCAUAGGAUUGCGACCAGUGUUCACUCCAACAGUUUUCCUCAAUCGACAUGUAUACUAUCAGGAUUACAUGAACAGGAUGCAUGGCCACGCGUGGCCGGGCUCGAGAAUGAUAGUGCCCACUGGGUACCAGCAUGGAUCCAAUAGAUCUGAACAUACACCGGCUAGGGAAUUGUGGCCCCAGCGCAGGUCCAGAAGCUCUGAGCAUGCACCACCUCGAGAAUUGCGGCCCCAGCCCAGGUCCAGAAACUCUGAGCAUGCACCACCUGGGGAAUUGUGGCCGCAGCCCGGACCCAGCAACUCUGAGCAUGCACCAGGUGGGGACUUGUGGCCGGAGCCUGGAUCCAGUAGCUCUGAGCAUGCCUCGGCAGAGGACUCGUGUCCUCAGCCUGACACCACGACCCCUGAGCUUGAUCCGCGUAUUGACUUGUGGACCAAUUUCUCUGAUCUGAAGCCGAUGAGCCCUCAAGAAUUCGCCGACAGGUUCAAGCACCUACAUCUGGGCCGCGAGUCCGAUGAUGAAACGCGGUGGGUUAUGGGCUCUGCGAGAAGUGGUGCGGGGGCUGCGGGGAAUAGUGCAGAGGCUACGAGUAGUGCGUGGACAGCGGGCAAUGGUGCGCGGUCACAGGGGAGUGAUAUGAGGACUACGCGGGGCGGUGCGACGACCGCGGGUAGUAGUGCGAGGGCUGCGGACAAUAGUGCGGGGGCAGCGGGGAGUAACGCGGGGGCAGCUAGUAGUAGUGCGGAAGCUGCGGAGAGUAAUGCGGGGCCAGCGGAUAGUAGAGUGGAGGUUAUGUCGAGUAAUGCAGGGGCUGGGGAUAGUAGUGCGGGGGCUUCAGGAAGUAUUGCGCGAUCUCCGGGGAGUGAUGCGCGGUCUCCGAGGAGUGAUGCGCGGUCACCGGGGAGUGAUGCGCGAUCACCGGGGAGUGAUGCGCGGUCUCCGGGAAGUAGUAUAUGGGCUCCGGGAAGUGAUGCGCGGUCUCCGGGAAGUGGUGCGCGGUCUCCGGGAAGUGAUGCGCGGUCUCCGGGAAAUAGUAUAUGGGCGUGGGACGGGCCAGGGGCUGCAGGGACUGGUGCGGGGGCUACGGAGGCGAGGGCGGGCGGCAGUGACCGUUUCAGCGAGAUCAAGUCCUCGCUGCAGGAGCUCCGUCGAGGACUCAACGAGGUCACGGCACCUUAUAAUUCUAAUAUCAGCCCGUCUGACAACAAUAUUAAUGUCAGGCCGUCACCCCGGCGAGUUAAUCGGGACCCCCGGGGCUCCCAGGGCUUCCAGGGACACCAGGGUCUCCAGGGACAUCAGGGUACUCGGGCCCCCUGGGGUUCCCAGGCCUCUGACGCCCCACAGGCCGCUACACAGGUCCCCCUGACAGCCCAAGCGAUAGCAGCACACGACGGGUGCGAGGUGAAUGCGCAACUUCCGUGUGAGUUCUGCAAUGUCCUUGUGCCUGCAAACCACCUCGUGUUGCAUCAGACUGGCUGUCGGCCGGACCUGACGCAGCUGCGGCCGGACCUGAUGCAGCUGCAGCCGCGCGGGCGCGGCUUCCGCCGUGCAGCGCCCUCGUUCUACGAUACGUUACACGAGGAGCCCGUCAUACCCUGCGAGUUCUGUACCGAGUCGCUGCCUUUAUACCUCAUCAUUGAGCACCAAGAACGUUGCAGAAGAGAGUCCGACCAACAGUUCCCCGACUGAGACGAGACUUGCCACACACAUACAUACAUAAUGUACGAUACAUUUAUAUAUUGUCCCCUAGCUAGUAAUAUUUAAUUGUGAUUAUAACGUAUACUAAAAUAUUAGAGGAAUAUUUAGAUAGAGACGUAUUUAAAAUUGAGAGAGAAAUAUUUUUUUAACAAUUUCCCUUGUCAUUCAAAAUAUUUUUAAAAUUAUCGUUCCACUGUUGGACACGGGCUGGUCAUAGAGAGGGAAUAAAGUGAACAAAUUAAAUGUAAGAAGUCCAGCAGCUCUAGUAUAUUUUUCAAUGGCAAUGCCAAUGGUUUUGUAAAGUUAAUUGUAUAUAAAAUAUGUUAUGGUACUAAGAUUUAUAAAUACCAAACUGGUCAAAUAGAGAAUUGGAAACCGUUUGCAAGUAAAAACUGUGUAUAUGUAAGAUAUCGACAGACACAUUGAUGAUGUAAACAAGUAUUGUAAGAAAAGAUUUACUCUAACUUCAAUUUUGACACAUAAUUUAAAGUUAUGCACUUCAGAAGACGAAGCUGGCCCGUAGCCAUGCUGAGUAUAUGUCCGGCGAAGUGUAGCCACGUCGAAUAUGUUUGCCACAACGGCAAUCGACAAUUGUCUCCGACUGUCCCAUCAAAGAUUACAGUCGUGAGCAUACUUGUUCAUUUAAAAAAAUUAAUAAUACUAUUUCGUUUAAUAUUUAAGGAAUACGGUUGCUCUAUGGUACAGUUUUUUUUUUUCUAAAACUUGCAUCAGACAAAGCACAUCACAGUAUUCAUACAUAUAGUAAAAUAUUUUUAAUUUAAUAGUUCAUGUAAAUAUUGUAGUAAUUUGCUAAAUUUAUGUAAAAAAAAAUAUUGACUUUGUUUUUAAACUUGACAAU